CUCUUCUUUCACUCAUUAUUCAAAUCACAAAUUCAUUCACUUAAACAACAUAUUAAGCUUCUUGUGUCGAAGUUUCUAUAUAUACAUAACGAAGUUCGUAUUCUAACAAAUCUUGAUGGCCACUACAACUAAACUAGUCUCAUCAUUCAUUGUUGCUACCAGACGUGGAUUUGCAACUGCAACACAAGGGAGUGUAUCCGGAAAUGUGAGGGGAAGUGGUGUCGCAAUGAUGAAGAAAGCAAGUGAGGAUUCAAAGAAAUCGACUCCAUGGGUGCCAGACCCCGUUACGGGCUACUACAAGCCGGAGGGCCAAACCAACCAGCUUGACGCGGCUGAGCUACGUGAACUGCUCUUCAAACAGAAAAACCGUCAAAACUAAAUACGUCGAAAAAAAUGUAUUUGUAUAUCAAAAGAUUAAGAUGAAUCGUUUCAUUCAUCGAUACACCAUACUUGCACAAUUCGAAAUUGUCGAAAUUGUUGAGCAAAAAUGAAGGGUUUGCCUUCUGUUUGUUUAAUGACAUUGUUGUUACUAUAUUAAAUACAAUUAUUUUAUUAAUAAAGUAUUACUCUUCGAUAUUAA